UGAAAAACAAAAAAAAAAAAAAAAAUAAAAAAUGAAAAUUACAUUGGGUCCUACCACUUACCACCACCAAUACAAUACGAUUGAUGAUAGAAUAUAUUAACCAUAAAAUAGAAAUUCUUGCCAAAACAAAACAAAAACGAUUCUAUAGACUAACCACGAUAAAAAAAAGCAAGUAAAAAAAAGAAGAAGAAGAAUUAUCCAUUGUAUUCCAAGGACCUGAAUCGAUAUCAUCAUCAUCAUCAUCAUCAUUAUUAUUAUUAUCAAAUCUAGUCGUUGAAAGAUAAAUCGAAUAUAAAGCUUCAUCACCAUCAUCAUUAUUGUUUCAUUCUUCAUCUAUCUAUAUAUAAAUACCGUAUUCUUUGUGCAUACACUUAAACUCAAAUCCAGAAUCAUUCUUGAAUUAUUCUAAUCAUUGUUCUAAUUCGUAAACAAGAAAAGAAUAGUUUGUAUGUUUAAGAUCAUAUUCGUCUUAUUCGUAUAUUCAUCAACAUCAUUAUCAUUCAAGUUGUUGUCGUUUUGAGCUUUAUCGUUUUGGCAAAAACAAAAAUUUUCUCUAAAAGAUUCUAAAUUUUUUUUUUAUUUGAAUCUUUGUAUGUUUCAAGUGCUUCAUAUAUCAUCAUUAUAUCUGCAUCGAUCCAUUUAUUUUCCAUCCAAUAUUUGUCCGAUACAAUAAUCGCCAGAAUUUGUGUAAAAGAAUUUCCUCCAUUCACGAAUUUCAAUUGGUUGGCUUUUUUUGAACAUUUUUUAUUAUUAUUAUUGUCAUUUUUUUCGAGAAAAAAAAAUGGAUUUUUUCUCCAACAUUCUCAAGAAUACAGUGAAUAAAGCCGAAACAUUGGGUAAAGCAGCAACGGCUGCUGUUAAUUCUACAUUGAAUCCAACCGGAUCAAAUACAACAACAACAACAACAACCGGUAAUGAUGAACAAAAUGAUAAUAAUACAACUUAUGAACAACAACAACAACAAGAAGAUGUCAAUAAUGUUGAUGUCAAUUAUAGUGACGAUCAAACAUAUACGACAACAGCAGCAGCAUAUGCUACUGAAGAAUUGUUGAAUAUGGAUGAAAAAUCAUCGGCUGCUGCAUUCAAUUAUGCUGAAACAUCACAAAAAGCCAUUGAAUCGGCCAAAUAUUUUGGAAAUUUCAUUGCAAAUGUAGCAAGUAAAGCUGGACAAACAGUAACGGCAACAGCAAAACAAUUGAAAAGUACAGUGGAAAAUGUUGGCCUAAUGCAAGAUUUUACCAAAGAACAGCAAGAAUUUAUUAAAGAACAUGGUGGUAAAACUGAUUUGGCUGAACCACCAUGGAUUGGUUGUGAUGAUGAAGAAAAAGUUAAAGUGGAAAUAUUAAGCCUUUCACAGGAUAAACGAAAUUUUGUUCGUAGUCCACCGGCUGGUGUUGAAUUUCCAUUCGAUAUGAAUGAUUCGUAUCCGGUUGCAUUGGCAUUAUUACGUGAAGAUCCUGAGCUUGCUAAAAUGCGAUACGAAAUUGUUCCUAAAUUAGUAAAUGAGGAAACAUUUUGGAAAAAUUAUUUCUAUCGUGUAUCGCUCAUUAAACAGGAUCCAAAUCUUGCCAGUAAUAAUUUGGGAAUUGGAAAUAAUGGUAGUGGUGGUGGUGGCGGUGGUGGUACUGGUAAAGCAUCUGGUUGGGGUUCAUCAAAAUCAUCAUCAUCUGAAGGACCGGAUGAUCCAAAUGAUCAAAUUGAAACGAUGGGCGAAACUGAAUUUAUUUCGGAUACAUUCCAAAAUUCCAAUAUAUCGGUUGAUGAUGUACGCCAAGAUAUGUAUAAACUUGGCAUUCAUACCAAUGAUGACAUUGAUGAAGAACUAGCUAAAGAUUUGCAAGAAUUUGAUUUUGUUUCCAAUAAUGAAACCGGAAAAGUUGAUGAUGACGAAAUCAACAGGGAGCUUGCCAAUUUCGAUAUUAAAUAAAAUAAAAAACCCAAUAUUUUCAAUCGAUGUGACCAAAAACAAAGAAGACCACAUACACACACACACAGACACAUCUUAUAUCACAAACAUAAAUACCUGGUCUAUACAGAAUAUCAUCACGCACACACACACACACACACAGCUACCACCACCAAUGUUAUAUGCACGAUAUAAAUAUGUAGUGAACGUAAAUUUUCAUUUUUUUCCCUAUUUAAAACAUUCAUUUUAUGGAAUUUAAAUUCUGAAAAAUGAAAAAUGACACAAA